AUGGCAGACGAUCGAGGGCUCAAUGGUGAUAGCCAAGGUCACAGAAUGAGUUCUAAAGGGGGUAGCGAAAAGAUAAUGUUGGCAAAUCUUGAGAUUGGUAGCACGAUCUCGCAAGUUUUGGCUAUCAUGUUAGAUCGUCAUGGUCUACCGCUUGUCCUUCAGCCGAGUCUUUUAAUGUCUAAGAAUCGUUUCAAAUUCGGAAUAUAUUCAACCUUCCAGACACUAGGUUUUCCUGGUUCCGUUUAG